AUGGCGGACGUCGCCGUCAUCGUUCUCGGUGUAAUGGCCCAGAUCCGUGAUUUCGCGAAAGACAUCAAAGAGAACGACCGUCAAGCUUGUCGACUGAUCGAGAGAGUGAAAGCUAUCGAGCCUGCUGUGCUCGCCGUCAAACAGGGCACAAACAUGUCCUCUUCCGAGUCGCUGCGCCAGCUCUUAGGGACCGUGGAGAUGAUCCGAAACUUCUUGGGAGGCUACGCACGGAUGUCGAACUUCAAUCGCGCCCUCAAGCGGAAAUCAAACGCGAGCGAGUUCACACAGUUCGGUAUCCACAUAAACGAGGGCGUACAAGCGCUUUCGCUGGACAUUGCCGUGGACGCGUGGGCCAAAGAAGAUGCAGCAGACCGCCUGGACGAUCUCGAGAACAUGGUGGACACCAUGGAAAGGAUGGAGCGCAACCGCACGGAAAACCACGCAGAGAUUCUCGGUGUGUUGAAGGCACUCCGAAAAGACGAGCGGUUGGAACUAACGGAGUGGGACGAGAUCGACUAUGACAAAGACUUGGACUUCAAGGGCAGCAGCCGGCUCGGGUCGGGGGGCUUCGGUGAAGUAUGCACGGCCAAGUGGAACGGGUCGCACGUAGCGGUGAAGCGUCUCCUAGCGGGCGACCUUCAUCGCGACGAUGUCCGCACCCUCAGGAAGGAAAUUCGAAUUCAUUCCAAUCUGCGCUUCGACCAUGUCGUCCAGCUAUACGCGGCUUCUACGAUACCCCCCCGCCUUUGCCUGGUCGUUGAGCUCGCUAGCCGGGGCUCGCUGCGGGAGAACUUGCACUCAUCGAGCGAACCGCUCGCACACGCGCUGCAGACGGCGUUCCUGUACGACAUUGCCCGAGGCAUGUCGUUCUUGCACAAAAAGGGUAUUUUGCAUCGCGACCUGAAAUCUGCGAACGUGCUCAUGUUUGCCAAUGGUCACCUAAAGCUUUGCGACUUCGGGCUGUCCAAAAUCAAGACGGAAUCCUCAAGCAGGUCGAAACGAGGGGCUGUGGGGACCGCCCAGUGGAUGUCACCAGAGGAGAUGGACGAGAGCCCGGCAAGUGAACGAACGGAUUUAUACAGUUUCGGUGUCGUCUGCUUCGAGGUGAUCACCCGAAUGGAGCCGUUCAAGGGAAUGAAUCCUACGCAAGUGAUCAAGGCGGUCGUGCUGAACGAAAGGCGACCUCAGAUUCCAGAGUGGGCGUCUGGGUCGCCAGAUGUCGUGCCUCUAAUGGAGCAGUGCUGGAAGCAAGACCCCGGGCAUCGCCCCGAGGGAUUUGGGCCCGUGGUACAGACGCUGGCAAGCGUUGUGUCGCGUAAUGGAGAUCCUCGCAAUCACAGCGCAGUUGCCGUGGAUGCCACCUCGUCACCAGGUACCCAGCGUAGUGUUGGCCCAUCGAGCGAUGGAGUGGGAACGGCACCGGAUUCGGUCAGUGAUGGCGUUGAGGCGUCACCCCUUGUUGCGGAAGAGGAGGUCGGAACCACCGCGCUGCCUCGAGACUCUGGAAACGUACAGGCACCGAGUAAGGAUUUGCUGCUCGCGAACAAAGCACUCGCGCCGUCAGCUGGAACAAGCGGCGAAUUCAAACAGCUCACCGAUAUGAUCGACGAGGACGUCAUCACGAAGGGUGAAGAUCGACUCCACCAGCGGCCUGACCACCGAGAGAUGGCCAAGGGCAUGUACGGCCGGGCGGAAAGCUCGAGAAAGCAGGGCAAGUACGUUGAGGCGAACUCUCUGUACCUCGAAGCUAUCGAGAUUCAGCGGAAGACCCUAGGUCCUGACCACCCAGACCUUGCCGAAACGCUCAAUGGCCGAGCGUUAGUGUUAAAGAGUCAGGGCAAGUACGCGGAGGCCGACGCUCUGUAUCUUCGAGCCAUCGAGAUUGGAGAGAAAACUCAUGGCAGCUCUGACCACCCUGAUCUCGCUACAAGGCUUAGCAAUCGGGCGGAUUUGUUGCAAGCGCGGGUAUGCCUAUCAGAAAAUGGCUAA